UCUUCAAUUUUCCAUUCCAAGUUUCCACACUUUUCUUUGAUUAGAAAACAAAUAAUUAUUAACUGCAUACCUAUCUGCAUUUAUUACAUAUACCCCUAGCUCUUCCAUUGAAGGAUCAUUUCAAGAAUCUGCAACUCUUAUACCAUUUAUAUACAUUCUAAUAUAAAAAAACAAAUUAAAAUGGAGGGAAUACACAAAUUCUUGCAUGGAACACUUGAAGUAUCAAUUUUUCAUGCAAUCAGGGACAAUAAUCCAACUUUUCCCUUCAUGGUGAAUUAAAGCUCAUACUAGAAAUUAAACAAUCUCUCUUUUUUUUUCCUUCUGAGUAUUGGUUUUUUCAAGUCUUUUUUUAUUUUCACUAUGAAAAGUGAAAACAAUCCAUUUUAGGAGUCUCUAACCAUUGUUAUAUUCAUGUUUUAUACACACACUUAGGAGUGCAUGGCUUUGAGGGGAAAACCUGCACAUGUGACAAUCAAUCUGGGAGACAAGAUGGUGGCUAAAACGACAAGCGAGCGCGGCCUUGUUUGGAACCAAACCUUCCACAUUCUAUGCGCCCAUCCCGCAGACACGACAACACUCACAAUCGCAUUGACAACAAAAUGUCAUGUCUUGGGGAAAUUCAGCGUCGAAGGAAACCGACUCUUGCAGCACGGCGUGAUCCAAGGGUCAUUCCCUCUGCGGCGUACAAACACCCAGAAGAGGAUGGUCAGUUUGCAGCUGAUGGUGUGGUUCAGACCUGCAGAAGAAUAUGAGGGCAGUGGGUUCUUAGGGCCAAAGAGUAAUAAGAAUGCCACAUUCCCACUCAGAUCAAACUGUGCUGUCACCUUGUAUCAGGACGCACACCAUACGGUUGCAUUUCGGCCACCUUUUGGGAAGCCAAGAAAAUUGUGGGAAGAUAUAUACAAAGCCAUUGAUGGUGCUAGACACUUGGUUUACAUUGCAUGCUGGUCUUUUAAUCCUAAUCUGGUCUUGGUUCGCGAUCCCAUGACAGAAAUUCAACAUGCAAGAGGAGUAAAGCUGGGAGAAUUGCUGAAACGCAAAGCAGAAGAAGGGGUGGCCGUAAGGAUUAUGCUGUGGGACGACGAGACGUCUUUUCCGAUCAUAAAAAACAAAGGGGUGAUGAGAACACGCGACGAGGACUCCCAUCUAUAUUUCAACAACACAAAAGUGGUGUGCAGAUUGGUUCCCAGAGGACACCGUAAGUUACCGCCGUCUGUCGUCUUUACACACCACCAGAAGACCAUAACUGUGGACGUCGCCUGCGGCAUUGAGUCGCCGCCGUGGAUGUUCUCGAGGGAGAGAGAAAUCAUGUCCUUCAUUGGGGGGUUUGAUUUGUUCGACGGACGUUAUGACACGGAGGAGCACUCCCUAUUCCGCACCCUCAACACAGAGUAUCAUUGCCAUGACUUUUACCAGAGCAGCUUGCCCGGGGCAUGUCUCUCUAGAGGCGGGCCCCGAGAGCCAUGGCACGACACUCAUUCCUCUGUCUUGGGACAGGCUGCUCUCGACAUUCUUGAAAAUUUUGAGCAGAGAUGGACGAAGCAAUGCGGCCGUGGCCCCACAUCUCUGGUCCCAAUUAGCUCGAUUCGCGAGCUAAGUAAUAAUUGUAACGGACCCGAAACCAACCCCGUUUCAGAACGGGAUUGGAAGGUUCAAGUCUUGAGAUCCAUUGAUGACUCAUCGACAAACACUCUGCCAAGAAACAUGCAAGUGGAGAGGAGCAUCCACGAAGGGUACGUGGAAGCCAUCAGGAAGGCAGAGAGAUUUGUGUACAUUGAAAACCAGUACUUCAUAGGGGGAAGCCAUGUUUGGGAGCAGGACAAAGACAAGAACAGAAAUGGGUGGUGCACCAACUUAAUCCCGGUCGAAAUAGCAUUAAAGAUUGCGAGAAAAAUCAGAGAAAAUGGUCGCUUUGCGGCAUACGUAGUGAUACCUAUGUGGCCGGAAGGGGACCCCCGGAGCGAUUCCGUUCAGGAUAUACUGCACUGGACUAGAGAAACAAUGAAGAUGAUGUAUGGAAUAAUAGGCGAGGCAAUCAGAGAAAGUAGCAGCCAAACGCACCCCAGAGAUUACUUGAACUUCUUCUGCCUCGCUAAUAGAGAAGAAAAGAUGAAGGCAGGAGAAUUUGUCCCUCCAUCCUCUCCUCACCCUUCAUCUCACCACUACUGCAAGGCUCAAAAACACCGGAGGUUCAUGGUUUAUGUCCACUCCAAACUCAUCAUAGCGGACGAUGCAUAUCUGGUAAUAGGGUCAGCGAACAUGAACCAAAGAUCGAUGGAUGGAGAACGGGACACAGAAAUUGCAAUGGGAUGCUAUCAGUCAUCAAGGAGUAGUGAAGAAGGAAUCGCUACCGAUGAGGGGGACAUUCGCGCGUACCGAAUGUCUUUGUGGUAUGAACACACGGCCGGAAAAGCCACGAGCUAUAGAGAGUUCCUGGAGCCUCAGAGCGUGGAGUGCGUGAAGAAGAUGCGUUCCAUUGGAGAUAAAAUGUGGGGCAUUUAUAGUUCAUCAGGCUCAGAAGACGAAGAAGAAGAAGAAGAAGAAGAAGAUGAUGAUGAUGAUGAAGAAGUAAUUAGAGACAUGGAAGGGGUGCACUUGGUGAGCUAUCCAGUGAGGGUAAGUAGAGAUGGUGUGGUGGAGGAUCUUAUGGAGACUGAUAAUGGCUGCUUUCCAGACACAGACGCACCGAUCAAAGGGAAGAGAUCAAAGUUCCUUGCUCCUAUCAUCACAACUUAAUUGCAACUUAUUACUGGGACGGACACGGAUAAUUCAUAAUUCAUAGAGUGGGAUCACAAAAACGUUAAUGUAAGGAAAUGAAAACAAGAUGAUAUAUAUAAACGCGGAGUAUUAAAAGUCAUACCAUACAAAUCAUAUUACUUCAAUUACACAACGCGCAGAAUAUAAUUCGGAGUUGUUUAAGUUUCUUGAAUCAAAAAAUGUGGUUGAACUUCAAGUCCAACCAGAUGUUCUUGUGGAAGCAUAGGUUUUAACCUUUUGUAAUGAAAUUCUAAACCUAAUACUCCUUAUAAUACAAACUAUUAACAUAUUAAUACCAUUAAUUAAUAUGAAAUUCAUAAUAAAUCUAUAUAAAUCAUAAAUAUAGUGUGUAGAUAUUACCACAUAUCGCAGCUAUUGCCUUCCAACCCUCCAUUAUACGGAGUAUUAAACAAAAGUGAAAUUUGAGAAAUUCAAUCAAAACCCAGUCGCUACAAAACCCAGUCGCUACAAAGUCAUAUUUCCAUUGCAGUAAAAUACACACCAUCUCAAUAAACUCAAAUUCAAUCAAUAGCAAAUUCAAUUAAACAUAAAUCUUUAAAUCCGAAUAGUUAAAUCAAAUUGGGUUUCAUUUACCCCAAAAAAUCAAAUUAAAUCGAAUUUCAUUUACCUUCAACCCAGUCGCCCGCUGAGGAUUCUAGUCAGCCGUCAGGCGCAGCCCAGUUU